UUCAAAACACUCACUCCUAGUCAAUUGGAGGCAUUUAAAAUAUUAAGAAAAAAUCUAUCUGAUCUACAAGAUGUAGAGUCACAACAAUUCUGUACUGAUAGAUGUUUGUUGAGAUAUCUAAGAGCAAGAAAUUAUCAUAUUGAAAAGUCCGAGAAGAUGUUAAGGGCAACACUGGAAUGGCGUAAACAGAAUAGACCUCAAGAUAUCAAGUUCUCGGAAGUAGUCGAGAUGGCAAAGAGUGGUGCCAUCUAUCAAAAUGGCAGAGAUAGGAUGGGUCGUCCCAUCGUUAUGAUACGUCCAAGAAACGACCCAAAGUCAGUGCCAACAGAGCUAAAGAAGAAGAAUCUAAUGUUCUGGCUAGAGUACUCUAUCAAACAAAUGAACGAAGACAAUGGCAUCGAGUCAGUCACUCUCUUUGUUGACUUUCAAGGCUUCUCAAGAAAGAAUCUUGAUAUGAAGUCUGUAAUGGAAUGUGUACAUAUAUUAUCAGAUCAUUGUCCAGAGAGACUGGGUCAAGCUAUAUUCUUAGAUCCACCUACUAUGUUCUGGUUGUUCUGGAAGUUAGUGACACCAUUCUUUAAUGAAGUCACAUUGUCAAAGGUGAAGUUCAUCAAUUCAAAGAAGGAGAAUGGUAUAAGAGUUGCACCAGAGGUGUUGAACUACAUCGCAGCCGACCAACUAGAGGUGGAGUUUGGAGGAGAGAAUAGAAUGACAUUCAAUCGUGAUACAAAUACCUUUGGAGAUAAUCCAAUUGUACAGAUGUCACCAAACUCCCUGAUGGCACACACCAAGAUGGAUGAGACAGUGUCAACCUCUAGCGAGGAGGAUGAGGCAGGAGGCUCAGACAUCAUGAGAGGAUAUGCAUCCCCACCUUGUCGUCCAAGAUCAUCUAGAUCAUCUCAGGCAUCACCAAUCUCUGCAAUGACAUCA